AUGGCAGCCGAUUUUGAUUCACCGUGCUCCACCAGCUCCUCCGCCUGCAGCGUGGUCACCAACAACCUCAAUGAAAAGCGGGUGAAUAAGAAGAUGAAGCUGAAGCUGAAGCGAGCGAGAGACGACAACUUCGGCGGCGGGGCGGUGUACAGAGGGGUGAGAAUGCGGACGUGGGGGAAAUGGGUCUCCGAGAUUCGGGAGCCACGGAAGAAGAGCCGGAUCUGGCUCGGGACCUUCGCCACCGCCGAGAUGGCGGCGCGUGCACAUGACGUUGCCGCCCUCAGCAUCAAGGGCUCCGCCGCCGCCAUCCUCAACUUCCCCGACCUCGCCGGCUCUCUCCCUCGCCCCGCCUCCACCUCCCCCCGCGACGUCCGGGCCGCCGCCGUCGAGGCCGCCACCAUGACCUGCGGCGCCGCCCCGUUGUCGUCUUCCUCCUCCCUCUUGUCAUCGGCGGCGUCAGCGGCGGAGGAGUUGUGCGAGAUAGUGGAGCUGCCGAGGCUGGGAUCGGAAAUGGGGUGUUUAAACGAAUCGGCGGCGGCAGUGGAUGAAUUUGUGUGGCACGGCGACUCAUGGCUGUAUGAUCAGACGUGGCGCGUGGAUUACUGCGGCGGCAGAGUUGGAGGGUAUUUUAGCGGCGAAAUACUGCCGGAGACAGGCGGCGGCGGUUUUGAAAGGCAGCAUUAUUAA